GAGAAGUUUAGGGAAGAUUUCAGAUUGGAGUGGUCAAUUGUUACAUAUUAUUAGAAAGUUUGGCAAAUAGUGGAUUCAUUCCAACCUAUACCUUUGGAAAGGAAAAGAAACCUGCUGAAUUGUGUUUAUUAAUGACACUUUGGUUUCUCGGCAACAGGGAGUCACAUAGGUUACUGUCAAAUCUCUUUGAUAUUUCAUUCUCAUCUGUAUUUCACAUAGUGCGAAGAGUCAUUGAUUGGCUCAUUACACUUGUUCCUCAGUUCAUUAAAUGGUUAGAAGGAAAUAACCUUGUGAGAAUAUCCGAGAGAUUUGAAAAUGUAGCAGGUAUUCGUGGUUGUAUUGACGCAAUAGAUGGUUCUCAUAUUCAUAUUAAUAAGCUAGAAGGAAAUGGUAGGGUAUAUUUCAACAGGAAACAACAUUAUUCUAUUCUACUGCAAGCUGUGGUAGACUGCGACCUAAAAUUCACGAAUGUAUAUUGCGGGGACCCGGGCUCUUUUCACGAUGCCAAAAUGUUAAGAAGAUCCGAUCUAUUUGUAGUAGCCGAACAGAAUCGCGAAAGAAUUUUUCCUAACAAUAGCUUUUUAUUAGGCGAUAAAGGAUAUAAUGGUGUAGCACAAACGUGGCUGGUUUGUCCUUUUCGGAACAACAGAAAUUUAACAGUUGAAGAAGAUGAGUUCGACACGAAAAUUUCUCAAACGCGUGUAGUAGUCGAACUAGCCUUCGGCAUUCACAAGGGUCGUUUUCGUUUACUGCAAAUGAUGUCACUUCGAGAUAUUUAAUUCAUGAUACGAGUUGUUGUCGCAUGUUGCGUAUUGCACAAUAUUUGUUUUAUAAACGGAGAUAAUGGGGAAGGUUUAUUCAAUGACGAACUUGAUCAACAAUGGA